GCGGGCUCAGUAGCAUCUCCAGUUCUCGAUUACAUCUGAGACUCUUACUUGCGUCUUCGACUUUCUCUGGAACAAUGGCAAUGAAACAAAUAUUCUGCAAACUAAACACUGGUGCAAGUAUUCCUGCGAUGGCCCUUGGCACGUGGCAGAGUUCUAAGGAAGAAGUUGGGAAUGCAGUUCGGCUGGCGAUAGAGCUUGGCUAUAGGCACAUAGAUUGCGCUGAGAUCUAUGGUAAUGAAGGUGAAAUAGGUGAAGCGCUGUCAGAGGUGUUGACUGAGGGCAAGGUCAAGAGAGAGGAACUCUUUGUAACUUCUAAACUAUGGUGUGAUAGUCAUCAUCCAGAUGACGUCUUGCCAGCCUGCCAAGCCACACUCAAGAACCUGCAGUUGGAUUACCUCGACCUGUACUUGAUCCAUAUACCUGUUGCAUUUAAAAAGGGAGUACGUUUACCUCAUAGUAUAGCAGAAGGAAUCAUCGGCUACACACCUGAGGGUGUCCAGAACACAUGGCAGGCAAUGGAAGGUCUGGUUGCUAAAGGUCUUUGCAAGGCAAUUGGUGUGUCUAACUUCUCAGUGAAGAGACUCAAUAAGUUAUUGGAGACAGCAUCCAUUGUGCCAGCAUGCAACCAAGUUGAGCUACACCCUUACCUUCCUCAAGAAAAACUCAAGGAGUUCUGUGACAGCAAAGGCAUCCUUCUCACGGCAUACUCCCCCCUCGGCAAUCCCGGACGUCUUGUGCCAAAAGAGAGGCUCGAGAGAGAGCCUAAGGUCAUGGAAGAGCCUGUUAUUAAGGAGAUUGCUGCAAAACACAACUGCUCUGUCGCAAGGGUCCUUCUGCGUUGGGGCAUCCAGCGUGGUUACCCAGUCCUACCGAAGUCUACGUCACGCGAUCACCUGCAUGACAACUUUUCCGCGCUAGGACUGGUUCUGACUGAUGACGAAAUGGCUGCCAUAAAAAGCAUUACGACACGGCAGCGUUACCUCACUCAAGGCUGGAUGUACGCGGAGGGGGAAUAUGUCGACCCUUUUGACGGCGAAAUAGAUUAGAUUUGAUUAUGGUUAAGGUCACGUCUAAAAAACCCAGUCCAUAUUUCUCUCCAGGCGUCUUUGACAAAUUUUUAUUAUGAAUGUGUAAAUGUUAAAACAAAGUGAAUAGUUAAAAAUGCAAACAAUUGUAAUAAGUACACAUUUUUAGUAAUAAAUAGAUCGUUUUUCUA